UUCUCACAUAUAAAAAAAAAAUGGCUUUCCCUAUUAAAUUCAUGUCGCUUCAAAAAACUGAACUAGAGUACGAAGUAGCAAUUCGGGGUGAGACCCCCGGAGACACAGUACAGGAAUUGCGUAAACAAAUUGCGAAGUGUGGACCUCUUUUUCCUUCCGAGGACAUUCUUGUCAGUCCUUUUGAUGUUCAGGACGACUUAGAUGGCAUUACAGAGGUGGUGGAAAAAGUAAAUUCUCUCUUGGAUUCCAAACCAUUAAUCAAAAGUACUUUGCUUCGCGCUCACAAUUUGGUGCACCAUUUGUACCACCGGUUAAACCGCAUUGCGUGCGAGGAUAAGGAACAAAAGGAGGCUUAUGACCGAUGCGUGGCUUUAUUCAGGGUUUGCACAGACCGGGUUAACUCUCUUAACGUUGUCACCGUUACGGAUCCGUUAUUUUCUAAUAGCAGCAAUGUUCCUGUUGUUGCGGCUACUUCGUCAACGCCGGUUAACGUCACGGUCACGUGCGAAGCCAACGAAGCGAACAAGCUAUCCAAACUUAAAUACGACGGCUCGUCUUGUGUACGGGCGUUCAUCGAACGCGUGUCAGAAUUUUGUCUCGCUAAGAAUAUCUCGAGUAGUAAAGUUCUCCAUAACGGUACUGAAAUAUUUACGGGCGGUGCGCUUCAUUGGUUCCGCAGCGUCAAGGAGCAGGUCACAAGUUGGGACGACCUUGUAGUGCUUUUGAAGCAGGAUUUCGGCCAGGCCGACUAUGACUACAGAUUAGUUAAUGAAAUCAAGUCCCGUACGCAAGGAGAAACCGAGAAUAUUAUAAUUUACUUGUCGGUUAUGUCCGGUCUCUUUUCUCGCCUAACAAGACCCUUGCCAGAAGAGGAGAAACUUGAGAUUUUACUCCAUAACAUCCGGCCAUGUUAUACAAGUACCUUAUCUUCAGUGUCGGAAAUUAAAUCUAUCGAGCAACUAAAAAUGUUAUGCCGUAACUACGAGAGUAUACAGUCGCGUCUUUCUCACUUUAAAGAACCUCCAAGGGCGACUGCAGAUACAUUAGCGCCUGAGUUUGCGUAUUCGGGAACUUAA